UUUCAAAAAGCAGGAAUACACAGAAAGUCUUUUUUUCAAGACGCCCAAAAUGUUGCGCCAGAUGCUUAAAAACUAUUUGCCGUCUGUUUGGGAACAGCAAUUGCGUCUUGUCCAAACUGCCAAGAAAGCGGGCGGUAGCAAAAAGCUGGGUCCCGAUAGGCCUCCUGUUUCCAAAGCGCCCAAGGGAUAUGAGCCCAAUUGUAAGACCAAAUUUGGUCCACUCAAUGAUUGCGAUCGCGUGUUCCAGAAUCUCUAUGGACGCCACGACUGGCGGUUGCAGGGAGCCUGUCAACGUGGGGAUUGGCAUCGCACCGCUGAUCUGCUGGAGCAGGGACCGGAAUGGAUGAUGAAGGAGAUAAGCAAGUGUGGGCUGCGCGGACGUGGAGGAGCCGGCUUCUAUGCCGGACUGAAGUGGGAAUUCCUUCGGCAGACCAAGUCCGAGAAGGUGCCCAAAAUGCUCAUCGUGAACUGUGCAGAAGGAGAACCGGGAACCUGCAAGGACCGCGAUAUCCUGCGGCAUGAACCGCACAAACUGAUUGAGGGCAUCCUCCUGGUGGGUGUGGCCAUGGGAUGCGGUAGAGCCAUUGUCUACAUUCGGAAUCGCUUCUACAACGAGGCCUGCAACCUGCACUUUGCCUUGGCGGAGGCCUAUCAUCAUGGUUUGUUGGGCGACAGUGCCUGUGGCACGGACAUCAAGUUCGAUGUGAUGGUCCAGCGCGGAGAUCGGUAUUUAUGUGGCGAGGAAACCGCUUUGAUCAACUGCCUUAUGGGUAAACUGGGAAGACCACGACGGCGUCCGCCCUUUCUUACAGAAAAGGGCUACUUCGAGCAUCCGUGUUUGGUGGUCAAUGCUGAGUCCAUUGCCGUGGUGCCCACCAUUCUGCGUAGGGGUUCCCAGUGGUGGGCAGGAUUAGGUCGCAGUUACAACACGGGAACCAAACUCUAUUGUAUCAGCGGCCAGGUGAAUAACCCCUGCACUGUGGAGGAAGAAAUGUCUAUUCCCCUGAAGGAUCUGAUAGAAAGACAUGCUGGUGGAGUAAAAGGUGGCUGGGACAAACUCGCGGCAGUAUUCCCAGGUGGUUUGUCCACACCACUGCUGGAUCCAUCCACAGCCGGAAAGGUUCUCAUGGAUUUCGAUAGUUUGGCGGAUGCAGGCAGUGGUUUCGGGUGUGGAGCGGUCAUUGUGAUAUCCAAGGACUGUGAUCCGCUGGCAGUAAUGUUGCGGUCAAUUCAGUUCUUCGAGAAGCACACUUGCAAACAGUGCACCUAUUGUCGGGAUGGUGCCAUAUGGCUGCCGGAGAUGUUCGCCCGCUUCGUUAAGGGUCAGACCCAUCCUCACGAGAUCGAUUGGACGCUGGUCAUUGCGGACAAGAUGAGGAACAGCAAGCCCAUUUGCGCACUGGCUUAUAGCCAAGUCGCCGUGGCCGAGAGUUUGGUGCGAAUGUUUAGUCGGCAGAUCGAGGAACGCCUAUUGAAGUAUGCCAAGGGAUCUUGAAGAUGUCUUAACUCUGGAAAUUUGUAUUUAUUUGUCGAUUUUAGGUUAAUUGAAAUAAAUUCUUAAUA